AUCUCAUGCGCAUCACAUAUAAUCCAUGGUCAUUGGAUACAAUUUUGAUUGAAACUAAAUUUGACCAACAGAAUGCCCGCCACUACUGUACUGACGGUCACAAAAAAAUGAACAGUAGCUAGGUUUUUAUUUUAUUUUAACAGCUAGCUAGCUCUUUUACAAACAGGAAAACAAUACUUGUUUUUUAACUCACUUGUUCCAUGGCUUAAAAUCCAUUAUACCGGACAAAUCAGCUGUGGACGACAAUACACACUGUUGAGGGCUGCUUUGGUACAGAAUUGACUUACACUUUUGGAUGCAUGACGAGGAUCUGAAAGAUGACGACCGAGACCCAUGUCAAGGACAUCAAGCCAGGACUCAAGAAUCUCAGUGUCAUCUUCAUCGUACUUGAAACAGGACGAGUGACAAAGACAAAGGAUGGGUAUGAGGUGCGGACCUGUAAGGUGGCCGACAAGACCGGCAGCAUUAGCAUCUCAGUUUGGGAUGAGGUAGGGGGACUGAUCCAAACCGGUGACAUCAUCAGACUCACUAAGGGAUAUGCGUCUGUGUUCAAAGGUUGCCUGACUCUGUACACGGGUAGAGGUGGAGAGCUGUCGAAGAUUGGAGAGUUCUGCAUGGUGUAUUCAGAGGUACCAAACUUCAGUGAGCCUAGCCCAGAGUACUCUAACAUGGACCAGAUGAAGAACAAGACUGUAGUCGGUGACCAAGGAAACAUACUGAACAACAACAAUAACAGCUCAGCUGGUAAUGAAACUACCAAUGGGAACGGUGUAAACUCUCAAGGUUCCAGGAGCUCGACUAAUCCUCAACAGGGAGGGCAGGCUGGCAGUGAUGUUGGCAGCAGAGCAGCCAAUCCAGGAGCAGGAGGGACAGCUGUCAGCAAUGGAAAGGAGACUAGACGUUCAGCAAAAAGAUGAUUGGAGCAGAAGGAAGCAAAGUCCAUCCCUCUCCAGAAAUGUCAAAUGAGAAGACUAAUGCUGCGUUCGAAGUGGAAUUUACCACCAUAGAGUUAGGACUCUAAAUGGAUAAAACCCAUUUUGGCAUGAACCUUGCUAUUGAGGGUUUCACCAUUUUAAAGUAGUCAAAUGGGUGGGACUUCCUAUGGGUAAGGAAGCAUCACAUGAAGGAUGAUAGUCAAGUUUUUCACUAGUAAUUACCAGCUGGAGGGCUGUUCAAAUGUAUUUUCCCAGUUGUAUAUGGUAAACGUUAAGACAUUUGAUUUUAAUUAGGUUUGUUUACAAGGAACACUAAAGUUCACUAAAGGUUAUGUAACCAUCAAGAAAAAGUAUUUGUGAGAAAAAUAUAUUUUUUCUUUCUUUUUUACAAUUAAGCUGCUUAAUGGAAAGCCAUAACGUGUUUUUCAACAUCAGGCAGUUUUCCACAAUGAGAUGUCGAAAAUAUAAAAUUACUCUUAACUAAUGUGCUGUGUAGGCUCUGUGCAAAACGUAGCCCAAACCUGACAGAUUGAUGUGAAGUUGGAUUCAGAAAUCCUUAAUUGCCAGAAUCCUUAGUUGCUACAUCCAUUUUUGGAUGUAUAAAUAAAUGAUAUUGAUUUUUGAUGAAUUUAACUUAUAAAUGCCUCAUGAGCUUAUGUCAACUGUCAUACCCCAUCAGAUUCAGAACCUUGUGACAGCAGCCACACUUUAAAUGUUGUACGACCGUUCAAACUGGUCUGGAAUAGUGAGCUUACAUGACAAUUUUUACUCCAAUGUUUGUAAACAAACUGUAUAGCCUCAUAACAUGGUUAAAACUACACAUUUGGUAUCAUGGAUGGUCAGUCCUUGCAUCCAUAGAUCUGUUUAUUAAUUUGAAAGUGGUUACACUUCUCCAGCCCCAGAUAGAUAAGAAGAUAGAGAGAAAAAAAAAAUCAUCAUACACUAUUGUUUCAAUGAAGGAUUCUGGCUUGAAAAUGUAAAAUAAAGAAAACAAAGUAGAUAUAUAUUAAGCAAUAGCAAUUUAUUUAAACAUAACCAAUCCUAAGCCACAACACUGAAUGACAAGACUCAAAUGCUGUAGCAUACAUUGUAUAAAAUCGAUCAGGUUUCAAUGCCUUGGUUUGUUAAGUUUCUCCUGUAAUGUCAGAAAGGUCAAUGCAAAUUACACUGUUUCACUAAAAUCAUUAAAUCAUGUAUUUUA